GGUAGGCUGAAACAGGUAUUCACAUAUAGUGGUAGACUGAAACAGGUACUCCCACAUAGUGGUAGACUGAAACAGGUACUCCCAUAUAGUGUUAGACUGAAACAGGUACUCUCAUAUAGUGGUAGACUGAAACAGGUACUCCCAUAUAGUGGUAGUCUGAAACAGGUAUUCUAA